GUGCUGCUCCUCUGCGUGCUACGACGGCACCGGACGGCGCCCGAAAGCUCGCGGAUGUAGUAAAUUGAAGGCUUAGGUCAACUACGGUGAAUAAGCUGACGUACCUGACGAGUCUCGGUGCAUUUUGGUAUCCGCUGGCGAUUGCCUGGUACGGUUCAGUACUCCAACCUGAAAAUUAAUUAAAAACCAAGGAAUGGACCCCAAGGUGGACGAGGACUCCCAACGGAGCGUUAACGACGGCGACUGGAUUUGCCCUGAAACUCAAUGCGGCAACGUCAAUUUCGCGCGGCGAAACUCUUGCAACCGUUGUGGCAAAGAAAGAGGGGAAUGCCCAAAAAAGAAAAAAUUAGGACAAGAAAUUGGGAAGGCGGCAGCAGAGAAGAGCAGAGGAUUAUUUAGUGCGGACGAUUGGCAGUGUAACAAAUGUGGGAACGUAAACUGGGCACGUAGGCAACAAUGCAAUAUGUGUAAUGCUCCAAAAUUUGGAGAAGUCGAAGAGAGAACUGGCUAUGGUGGGGGAUAUAACGAUCGAGGUAUCGUCGAGUACAAGGAACGAAAGGAUGACGACGACGACGAGUAUGAUGAGUUUGGUCGACGUAGAAAGAAGAGAAAGAUAGAAAACAGAUCCGACGACGAUUCUAAAGAUUCACGAUACAGUAGUACUUCGCGUACUAAAUCGAGGGACUUGGAUGCUCGUGGUCCCGAAGAUGGCGAGGAGGAAGAAGACGAACGCGAGGGCCGGAAACGAAAAGGCUGGCACAAUAACGCACAUAAUAUUAGCAAGGAAGAAAAUGGUGUCGCUAAUCCCGACGAAGAGAACGAAGAAGAAGAAGAAGACGAUGACGAUGAUUCCGGUGACCUAUCAAAAUAUGACUUGUGCGAGUGGGAUUUUGUUGCACCACCUAAAAAAAGUUCAAACGGAGAUGCCACAUCAUCGGAAGAACGGAGGUCAAGGAACGGAGAUGACUGUCACGACUCAGGCACAUCCAGCCAAUGAACGGCUUGUCAGAAAGGGCUUGGCUCGGAUUCUAGAUAUAGAAUCACUUGCCAGAACGACGUGUGUACGUCAUGCGAGAUUUGCCAAAUCAUACGCACUCCAAACUGGGGAUUCGUCCCAGGUGGUGAAAU